AUGCCCGGCCCGGUGACAUGGGCCCCAGUGGCCGCUCUGCUCUGCUGUUUGCUUGCUGCGCUCACUUCACAAGGAGCCGCCAUGGGGGACAAAGUGAUCUGGGCUGUCAAUGCCGGGGGCGAUGCUCAUGUAGACGUGCACGGCAUCCACUACCGGAAGGACCCGCUGGAGGGCAGAGUAGGCAGAGCAUCAGACUAUGGAUUGAAAUUGCCAAUUUUUUACGGUCAAAUACUGAAGAUCAGAUUCUGUACCAGACUGAGCGCUAUAAUGAGGACAGCUUUGGAUACGAGAUCCCUAUAAGGGAAGAAGGAGAGUACGUCUUGGUGUUAAAAUUUGCAGAGGUCUACUUUGCACAGUCCCAGCAGAAGGUGUUCGAUGUACGUGUGAAUGGCCAUACUGUGGUAAAAGACCUGGAUAUAUUUGACCGUGUGGGACACAGUACAGCACAUGAUGAAAUCAUACCAAUUGUCAUCAGGAAGGGUAAACUGAGUGUACAAGGGGAAGUCUCCACCUUUACUGGGAAGCUCAAUGUUGAGUUUGUAAAGGGAUAUUACGAUAACCCCAAAGUAUGUGCACUUUAUCUCAUGAAAGGAACAGUUGAUGAGGUGCCAAAACUGCAGCCUCAUCCUGGCCUGGAGAAGAAGGAAGAGGAGGAAGAAGAUGAAGACGAAGAAGGCCCAAGUACAAAGAAACAAAGUAACAAGAACCGUGUACAGUCUGGUCCUCGCACUCCUAACCCAUAUGCCUCAGACAACAGCAGCCUCAUGUUUCCAAUUCUGGUGGCCUUUGGAGUGUUUAUCCCCACACUCUUCUGCCUAUGCCGGCUAUAG